GCAAUUCUCUUCAGCAAAUUUAUGUAAUUCUCUAUGGUUGGUGAUAUAUGUAAUUCUCUAUUGUUGGUGAUCUAUGUAAUAUAAUUUAGCAGGUCUAUUUAAUUAAUUCUCUUUCUUUUGUAACCUACGCAAUUUUUAGUCACAAGCCGUGUAUAUAAUUCUUUCCCAGGUGGUCUAAAUAAUUCUCUUUAGCAGGCUGUCUAUAUAAUUCUCUUUAGUAACAAUUACCGAGCGGUUGUCACAGCCGAGUUCAGCUGGGCUGGCACCUGCCGGUCCUACCCUGUCAACUGAUGACAUUCAAGGGGACAAGUCCAUCUCUGGUCCUCCUUCCUGAUCACAGACCAUUUGUGUCUUAUCAUCAUUGACACUUCACCUUAUCGCAACUGUUAGGUGUGUGAAGAUCUGCUGUUUCUCGAGGAGUGGGUUUGCAGAGAUUCCACAGUCGUGCAUCCGACCUUCAGUCUCUGUGCCACUUCUCCUCCCUCUGGUUUGCUGAGAUACCUCAGGACUGGAAGUUAGCUAAUGUUACUCCAAUAUUUAAAAAAGCUUACAGAUUUGCUCCAAUAUGCCAAGAGUGAUUAAGGUUGGGGUAUUGACUGUGAGUGACCGCUGCUCUCGUGGUGAAGCUCAGGAUGAAGGUGGGGCUAACCUCAAGGCCUUGGUGGAUGGCGGCACACUCUUCAAAGGGAAGGUGAGCAAGUACUGUUGUGUCUCUGAUGACUGUGCACUGAUUGAGGACAAGCUGAAGGAAUGGUAAGAGGAGGUGCAUCUCAUCCUCACCACUGGAGGGACGGGAUUUGCUGAGCGAGAUGUGACUCCUGAAGCUGUCAGGAAAGUGAUAGAAAAGGAGGCCCCAGGGCUCACCACAUGCAUGCUGACAGAAUCCCUGAAAGUCACGCCACUGGCUAUGCUGUCGCGGCCUGUGUGUGGCAUGCGGGGAAAGACCCUCAUAGCCACUCUUCCGGGAAGCAGAAAGGGUUCAGAGGAGUGUCUUAGAUUUAUUUCUCCAGCCAUCCCACAUGCAGUGAGCCUGAUGAUGGGGUGGAAGGAUGAGGUGGAAGCCACACACAAUGUGCUUCAGUCUGAAGGUGUGAAGUGUGGAUCUACUGGGGUCCACCAUCACCAUCACCACCAUUCUUGUGGUCACCACCACCACCAUCACCACUGUCAUCACCACCAAGAAAAUGCAGAGUCUAAGGCUGAUGUCUCACGUGUAUCUCGCCGCCCAAGGAAGUCUCCUUACCCAAUGAUUUCAGUUUCUCAAGCUGUAGAGACUGUUCUGUCACAAGCAGAACAAUGCAUGACAGAGAACCUCUCCACUAAGAAUGCCCUAGGAUUUGUUCUGGCUGAAGACAUUCAUGCCAAAGAUCCACUGCCACCAUUUCCUGCUUCAAUAAAGGAUGGAUAUGCAGUCUUGGCUGCUGAUGGAGCUGGGCUGCGUGCAGUGAUGGGAGAUUCAACUGCAGGAUGUAGUCCUGAGAUGAAGGCAGUGACCAGUGGUGUGUGUAUGCGGGUGAGCACCGGUGCCCCUGUCCCUCCUGGAGCUGACGCUGUGGUGCAGGUGGAGGACACAGAGGUAACUAUAGAAGCUGAGGAUGGCUGCACUGAGUUAGAGAUCAAGAUCCUGAAGACUCCUCAUACUGGACAGGAUAUUCGACCACUUGGGUGUGACAUCAGAGUUGGGGAGAAGAUCCUGUCCCAAGGCACUCUCCUUGGACCAUCUGAGAUGGGACUCUUGGCCACUGUUGGUGUCACCAAUGUUUUGGUAGUCAGAAAACCUGUGGUGGCAGUCCUUUCAACUGGUAAUGAGCUGCAGGAGCCAGGCGAGGCUCUUCGAGAAGGUCACAUUAGAGACAGCAACAAGACCACCAUUAUGUCACUUCUGCAACAGCAUGGCUUCCCUGUGCUUGAUGCUGGAAUUGCACGGGAUCAGCCCACAGCGCUGCUCAAGAGUCUAAGGAGUGCCUUUAGUCAUGCUGAUAUUCUAGUUACCUCUGGGGGAGUGUCCAUGGGAGAAAGGGAUAUGUUAAGGCCUGUGCUUCUCUCUGAUUUUGAAGCUCAGAUCCAUUUUGCUCAGGUGUUCAUGAAGCCAGGAAAGCCUACCACCUUUGCCACCUGUCAUUACCAUAACAAGAAGAAAUUGAUCAUUGGUCUUCCUGGCAAUCCAGUCUCUGCUGCUGUCACUUCUGUCCUUUAUCUUCUGCCUCUGUGUCGCAAAAUGAGCGGGAGGGCUGUGUGUGAGAACAUUUGCAUCAAAGCUAAGCUGGCUGAAACAAUGCAGCUGGAUCCACGGCCUGAAUACCAUAGAGCUUUUCUGUCGUGGCAGCCAGGAGGAGAAGUCCCACUUGCAUACUCAACAGGCAAUCAGCUUUCCUCUCGCCUCCUCUCCAUGGCUUCAGCUCAAGCUUUACUUAAGCUGCCUCCUGCUAGCGCAGAAAACAAGAGUUUGGUCGAGGGAUCAACAGUGGAAGUUAUUCUUCUAAAUAUGUAGACACAAACAGACUCCUCAGGUUCAAUGAGUUCAUGGUGCUGCAGAUGUUGCUUGUUACUGCCAGACCACACGUCUCCUGUGCCGGUUGCCUCUGCCGAGUGGUAAGUGUUUAAUGUUAUUUGUAUAUGUAUAAUCAUAUUGCAUUUGUUUAUAGUUUAUGAAGACUAAGUAGUCUAGAUACAUGAGUAAUUAUUUGUUUUAUCUUUAUUGUAGUGUGCAAAAAAUUUUAUCUUGAAGAUAAAACCAUUUUUCCAAUUCUUGAAUUCAUAGCCAUUGAAUUGCAAUUAUGUAUUUUACACUGUUGUCAUACAUGUUUUAACUUGGCUUAAUGUACAAGUAGGUAGAAGAUACUUAUUUUGAUGUGUAUAGGAUUGAUCAGGAUUCAAGAUGAUAGAUUACCAAGUUGAUACAUUGAAUAUAUUAGUUGAAAGAAACAAUUUUCUGUGACCAAAUUACUAAACUUUUCCUUGCAAGU